AUGGAUCACAAAAAUAAGACUAUAGUUCGGGAAUUCAUUUUACUGGGGUUUCCAACCAGCAUGGAUCUGCAAGUGCUUCUAUUUGUGAUUUUCCUGGUGAUGUAUGUCUUGACACUCCUGGAGAACAUCAUUAUCAUUGCUGUGAUCAAAACUAAUCCUCGGCUCAACAAACCCAUGUAUUUCUUUCUCAGCAAUCUCUCCUUCCUGGAGGCAUGGUACGUCUGCGUGAUUGUCCCCAAGCUUUUGGCCAACUUUCUGGCAAAAGACAAAAGCAUCUCUUUUGAAGGGUGCAUGACUCAGCUCUACUUUUUCAGCUCCCUCAUAUGUACAGAGUGUGUCCUGCUGGCGGUAAUGGCAUAUGAUCGUUACGUGGCUAUUUGCAAUCCAUUACGUUAUCCGAUAAUCAUGACCCAGCGCCUCUGCCUACAGCUGGCAGUGGGUUCGUGGCUAACUGGCUUCUUGGCCUCGAUGCUGAAGGUCGUCUUCAUAUCUCGCCUGCCAUUUUGUGGCCCUUUUGUCAUUAACCACUUUUUCUGUGACAUUUCACCAUUGCUCAAUAUGUCAUGUGAGGACAUGACAGUAGCUGAAAUAGUGGAUUUUCUCAUUGCUUUGAUCAUUUUGUUGGUUCCACUCUCGGUCACUACAGUUUCUUAUGUCUGCAUUAUUGGUACCAUUUUACGCAUGUCCACUGCUCAAGGUCGGAAGAAGGCCUUCUCCACAUGUGCCGCUCACCUCACAGUGGUUGUCAUCUUCUUCUCAGCCACUCUGUUCAUGUAUGCAAGGCCAAAGAGGAUUUACCCUUUUGAGCUCAACAAACUGGUAUCCGUUGUCUACACCAUUGUCACUCCAAUGUUGAACCCUUUCAUUUAUUGUUUAAGAAACCAAGAGGUCAAGGGAGCACUCAAGAAAGUUUUCAAGGGCACUACAUCACUCCCUCAAGUUUCAAUUCCAGUGAUUAAUAAUUGAAAAGCAGGCAAUGUUUUAUUCUUCCAG